AGAAAGCAGCUCAGUGCACAAAACCUGCAGCAGUGCAAUGGAGACACAGCAGAAGACGGGAUCAGUUUUCUUCAACAACUAUAAAAUAUUUAGAAACGGUGGAGAUGGAUUUAACUGGUGGGUUAUUCUGUGUCUGGGACUCUUGAAUGCAGUUCUGUUGAUAGUUGCUGUUGUUCUUGGUAUUAACUGUGCCAAAGUCAAAGAGGACUCCUUGCACAUUUCCAACCCAGCUGUAACACAGCUCUUCGGUGAGCUCGACUAUCUCCGAAGCAACCACAGCGAUGUGAUCGAAGCUGAAGAGGAGGCCAAGAAGGCGUUAGAGAGCGCGAUCAACAACCACAAAGAAGUAAAGGUGAAAAUUGAGCAGCUGAAGACUGUCAAUGACGGUUAUCAGAAACAGAUGCAAGCACUGCAAAUGGAGAAGGCAAACCUGAAGUCCAAUAUAUCAACUUUAGAGGGAUCUUGUGGCGGAUGCCUCCCUGGUUGGGCUCUUUUCAACUCGUCCUGCUAUUUCUUCUCCUACACCGAGUCCUCUACUGUCAAAAAGAACUGGCAUCAGAGCAGAGAGGACUGUGGUAGUCGCGGAUCUGACCUGGUUGUGAUCGAUGACCAGGAAGAGCAGAAAUUUGUCAGUAGCAAAAUCCAAAAUAUGAAAACCAGUGAUCAGUGGUGGCAGAACGGAUUCUGGAUCGGUAUCACUGACAUAGAGACUGAGGACAGAUGGGUUUGGAUUAAUAAUGUCACAGAAGUCGAACAACGGUACUGGAUGGAUGGCGAACCCAAUGACCAGGGAACCAAUGGAGAGGAUUGUGGGGUUGCAGUUUCCUCCAUCUUCAAUCCCUGGAAGACUCGUUAUGAUGGAAGAUGCAACUGGCAUAAUUUACACUGGAUAUGUGAAACGCCAUUAACCUCCUAGGACUUGGCAUCCAUAUGUGGACAUCACAUUUUGGGUUGUCUAGACCAAAAUACUUUACAAGGGCCUGAUAUCCACUUACGAGGACAUUAUACUGUCAUUGUUCUAUCGA